CUUCAUGUUCUAUAGAGACAACAGCAGUCUUUCAAACAGGCUCCUCCCAGUGGGCGGGGCAUAAAAGCUGCACUCAGCCUUCAGACAGAGGGGCUCGGUUUCUGCUCUUCAUCUUCAUCAGUGACAGAUCAGCUAAGAUACAGCUGCUGCUUGAUGAGUCUGUGAGCUGGACUGAGGUCAAAAUGAAGCGCUCCCUGGUGAUCUGCCUGCUGAUUGGUUCCUCUCUGAUCGGGCUCGGAUCAGCCAUUCGCUGCUACAGCUGUAAAGACUAUACAUCCAGCUGCACCAAACAGAGAGACUGCAGCUACGAUGAUGCCUGCCUCACGCUCAAUGAGAGAGGUGGGAUGACCUACCGUCAGUGUCUGAAGUAUUCGGACUGCGAGAGGAACCGCCUGGCUCAGAUGUUCCCUCAGGUGUCCAGCUUCACCUUCAGGUGCUGCAACUCCGACCUGUGUAACUCCGCCCCCUCCUCAGCAGCAAGUUCUCUGAUUGGUCUACUGGCCUCUGUAGUGUUUCUGUGGUGGUGCGUUCACUGAAGGCUCUACAGUGCCUGCUGGUGUCUUCUGUAACCACCGCAGCUUCUUUAAUCCAGUUAUUGAUCGCUGAGUGAGCGCUAACAGAUGCGGACUAAUUGAUGGCUCUGAUCAGAUUCACACAAUAAAUUGAUUUUCAUGUGAUCAGUUCCAGCUGCUAAUUGGUUCCAGGUGUUCAUGACUGUGUCACAUGAUCAGAUCAAUAACCAGAGAAGACCAGAGUGUCAGCAGCUGAACAGGAAGCAUUCUCAUCAGUCUGAAGUUUCUUCUUCUGUGGUUUUCUGAGCAGAAGUGAUUGAGGUUAAUUUAUUUCUUAUUAUUACAGAUCACAGUAAUCAAAUAUUUAAACACAAAUUUAUCUUCUUACUUGUUGAAUUACACUGAAUUUUAUUUUUAAACUUUUGAUUUUAUGUUUUUUAAGCGGAAAUUUUGAGUUAAAUGUUCCAGAAACUUUCAGAUGAAGAUUUUCUGCUUCUUUCUGUAUUUCUCUUUUGAAAUGUCGCGUUCUUCCCUGAAAGACCUGAAAUCAGCUUUAACUUCAUCAAUAAAGUUUUAAACUCAAAA